GUUUCCCAACACUCGCCAGCAGUGUCGCCGCGGGCAGUUAAUUUGAUAAUUAUAUCUAUAUGUAAAUACGUUAACUAACUUAAACGGAAGAAAAUGCCACGACGGUGUGUUGUUCUUGGCUGCCUCACAAACCGCGAAUUUUACGAACCUGGCGUAAGAUUUUUCCUGUUUCCGCGGGAUGAUGAGCGAUUACGCGAACGUUGGCGUGAUGCCAUUGGUCGCGAUCAGAACUGGAAGAUACCAAACAUGGCUUCCGUUUGUCAGCGACAUUUCCUGCAGGAUGAGUUAACCGCGGAUCGGCGGUUGCCCGACUCUGCUGUCCCCACAGUUAAUCUGCCAUCGGAGGAACUCCGAUUAAAAGGUGACAAUCGGCAAUCUAUAAUGCGGCAACUGAAAAAACCCUCGGAUUCACCGAAAGUAGUUGAAUACAGAAAACAUGCUGGAGCUACGCGACCGAACAGACAACGGCAGCAAAAAAAGAUCUUGCGAAUAGCACCGAACGUUGAAAAUGCAGAAGAGUUCAUUGGAAGGGAAGAAGUUCUUGAAGAACACCACUUAUCAGAUGAAUCGCAGGCAGAUGAAGAAAUCCAUUUACCAAUAGAAACGGUGGAUUUUGAAGAAGAGAUAGCCGAAAAUAAUAUUUUCUUUUGUCGAUUCUGUACUGAAAAGUUGGACCUAGCUUCUAGUUUAGAUAUUAGCUAUCUAAAAAAUGUGGAACCAGUUCGACAAGGGAUAUGGGACUUGUGUAUGGUAGAUUGCGAAGACGUUGUCGUUUUUGAAUAUCUAAAGAAAAUUUGCACUAAUUGCUGGGAAAGAAUGCAAUCUUUUGAAAGAUUUGUUGAUAAUUGUUCGAGGCAACAAAAUUUGCUAAUUGCACAAUAUAGUAAAAAUCCAAAGGAGAUAUUGGAACAAGUGACUAUCAAGUACGAACCGCCCCAACGUGACUCUGAUAACGCUUUGGAACAGGUGAUCCCAUCGAAAGAUUGUUCUAACGUCAGUACACCGAUAUAUGAAGCUGAGCCCUUGCCUUCUUUAGAAGGGCUUUCAAUUGAUGAAAUGAUUGAGGUGCUAGACAAAAUCCCUCCUCGGAGCAAAAGAGUAAACGCCAUUCCUCACGAAGAGUGUUGGGACUGUGGUCAACAAUUUCCAAAUCGAAGCCGCAAGAAAGAACAUCGUAAAACCUGCUCUGCCAUUGGUACAACCGAAUCUCUGCGAAACAAAAACUAUAAGUGCGAAAUCUGCAAGAAAAUGAUCAAAACUCGUGCCGGUUAUCGGGUACAUCUACUUAAAAUUCACAGAAACCAGAACACUGCGGAGGAUAACUGCCCUGAUGAGUUGAAACAGCUGCACGCAAGAAAACGCUUACCGUGCCCACUGUGUCCCAAUCGGUUCCAGCAAGUACAUCAGCUAAAAUAUCAUCUGAAAACCCACCAGAGUAAAACACUUUGUGGUACAAAGCGUCGGAAAACCGUCUGCGCCGAUAGCGAUGGAACUUGUAUGGUUUGUGGUAAACGAUUUCAGAACCCGUUUUACCUAGAAACGCACAUGAAGUUUCAUCUGAAGGAGAAAGAUUUUCGGUGCGAUCAGUGUGAUAAGGCAUACUAUACCAGGCAUGAUCUCAAUGAUCAUAAGAAAACGGUCCAUAAAGAUCCUACAUUGCUGUGUGGAGUAUGUGGAAAAUUCUUCGCAACACGCCGUGCUUUCACACGUCACAGUUGGACUCACGACAAAUCUAUUGUAUCCCACCGCUGUGCAUACUGCGCGAAAGCUUUUCCUGAUGCUUGCUCUCUCAAAUAUCACGUGAUGAAACAUACGGGUGAAAAAAGUUACCGAUGUGAGCUCUGUGGUCGUCAGUUUCGUUUUCGGUACAUGAUGACGCAGCAUUUGAUCCGAAAUCACAAUAUUGUGAUAGAUGGUGUGAAGCUAUACAAACGGAAGAACGAGCUACAAGACUACGAAGAACAAAAAGGAGAUAACGUUGACGUUGGUAUCGAGACUGAACAGUUUCCAGGAUAUGAACGUUUGGAUCUGGAAACCGCGACUCCAACUGACGAGGUCAACAAUUAGCUUGGUUCUAAUGUAAGUAAAGUUAUACACUGUUACUGGACUAUAAG